AUGACCAGCCACAGAAUUGGCGUCUUUCCUGCCUCGGGCGGCAUUGGCGGUAGCACCGUCAAGUAUCUCCUCCCUCGCCAUCCAGCUGAAAACCUCGUCUUCAUUGCUCGCAGCCCUGCCAAGUUAGAGUUUGCAGCAGCUACCGGAGCAACUGUCCGAAAGGCUGAUUACAAUACCAAUGCGGAUCUAGAACACGCCUUUCACGGUAUCGACACCUUGUUCCUCAUUUCGUAUGCUUCGGUUGAAGUGGAGCACCGAGCUGAACGUCACCGAGCUGCAAUUGACCACGCCAUCCGCGUCGGUGUAAAAUACAUCUUUUACGGAUCUCUAGGAUUCGCCGGUAGCGAAGACAGCAAAGAAACAGUAGCCCAUGUGAUGCGCCCCCAUUUGAUGACCGAGAAGUAUCUCGAAGAGUGCGCCCAGCGGCACCCCGGGUUUUCAUACACCAUUGUGAGAGAGGGUCUCUACUCCGAAUCGUACAACCUCUAUACUGCCUUCUUCGAUCCUCGCGACCCAGUUGAUGAGAUCAAGAUUGCACAUGAUGGGUCUGGACCUGGUAUUGCCUGGGUCAAGCGCGAGGAAUUGGGAGAAGGCACCGCCGAGCUCUUGAGACGCUUUGCAGAGAACCCAGCGGAGUUUGAAUUCCGCAAGAAGACGGUCCUUCUCUCUGGUACCAAGGUCUUGACUCUACAGGAGACUGUCGAUAUUCUGGCCAAGCUUGCGAAGAAGCCCGUGACAAUUCUCCAGGUUUCCGAUGAAGAGUUUGGAAAGCAACCUACGGUCAGCCCGAACUUUACCUACCAGGGUGUCGAUUACGGUACAGCAUGGGCUAGCUCUUUCGAAGCAUUCCGCCGCGGAGAGGCUAGUGCUGCAUCUCCACUCUUGCGUGAAUUGCUUGGUCGUGAGCCGGAAGACUUUGAAACUACCAUUUCCUCACUACUUUAG